GGCAGGGAAGGAGAGACAAAGCAGGGUCGCGGUCAGGAGCGGCUUUAAGGAAGCUGGCUUGGCCGUCUCUCGGGUGUUGUUUCAACUAAUCACGCGCCUAGGAAGCUAAGCGACCCUUUGCGAGGCUGCUUCUGAGAGAGAGCGCGAGAGAAAGAGAGAGGGAGAGAGCAAAGCCAAGAUGAAGGUAACGGCUCUGGAUUCUCGUCGACUCAAGCAACUGCUACGGAAGGACCCCGCCCUGUGCCUCGUCCUGGACUGCAGACCCUACUUCUCCUAUUCUGCCUCUUGCCUCCGAGGGUCCCUCAACGUCAACCUCAACUCAGUGGUCAUCCGCCGCUCCCAUGGGCGGCCCGUGCCUUUACACUUCGUGGUGCCCGACGAGGCGGCCCGGGGGCGGCUUCUGCUCCCGCCGGCUGCUUGCUCGGAAGAAAGAGAAGGGGACGCCGCGCCGCCUCGGACUUUGACGGCCGUGGUUGUCCUGGAUCAAAACACCAGGCACUGGCGGAAGCUCAAGAAAGAGAGCACGGCGCAGAUCGUGCUGAACACGCUGUCUGCAAGCCUGCCCGAGGCUGGAGCCCGCGUCUGCUUCCUAAAAGGAGGUUAUGAAACAUUUUACUCACAAUAUCCAGAGUUCUGCAUAGAUGUAAAGCCUCUGUCCCAAGAGAAGAUUGAAACUGAGAAAAGCAUCAACAGCUUGCAUGAGAAGCAAUUCAUCCACCAGAAGCCAGCAUAUGAUCAGGGUGGUCCGGUGGAAAUCCUGCCUUUCCUAUACCUUGGCAGUGCCUAUCAUGCUUCCAAGUGUGAGUUCCUUGCCAACUUAAACAUCACUGCACUCUUGAAUGUCUCCAGAAAGAGUUCUGAACCCUUUACUAACCAAUUCUGCUGUAAGUGGAUCCCAGUGGAGGACAGUCACACAGCAGACAUCAGCUCACACUUCCAGGAAGCCAUAGAAUUUAUCGAUUGUACCAGACGGGCAGGGGGCAAGAUCCUGGUGCACUGUGAAGCAGGGAUUUCUCGCUCUCCCACCAUCUGCAUGGCUUAUCUGAUGAAAAUGAGAAAAUUCCGCCUGGAGGAAGCAUUUGACUAUAUCAAGCAACGGAGGAGUCUGAUCUCGCCAAACUUCAGUUUCAUGGGGCAGCUGUUGCAGUACGAGUCAGAAAUUUUGUCUUUGGCUCCUAGCCCUCCUGUUGCGUCUUGCAAAAGGGAUGCUGUGUCUUUCUUCACAGAAGAGCUGGCUUUGAGCAAAAGUUUUCCCUUUCCUACCUCGGUUUUGAAUUCAGUGUCCCUGCACUCGCCUGUCCAUCCACUAAUGUUGAACUCUAUUGCUGCAAAUUCAUCAUGCUGGGCCCUCUUGGGAACAAGAGACGGUACAAUUCCAUGAGGUGAGGUGAUGACAACAAAACAUUUCAUCUAUACGCAAUACAGAAACCCUUAUUUAUUUCAUUCUGUUCCAGACACUGGAAUGACUGUCUACAUCAGAAGGGAAAAUAUGCUUUUAUGUUAAGAUGGAGUGGAAAUGAGUUUGGUGCAUUGAAGCUUGGGCCAGCCUUGCAAUUUGAAGUUAUCAUGUGCUAAAUUUAGCAAACUCCAGGUUUUAGCUCAGAUAAUCUGAGGACUCUACUUAGAACUUGGAGAUAUUGUUCCCAGAAGCAAAUGCCCCUCAUUCUGGAUAAGAACUUCUGUUCUAUAGUUCCUGGGUAGGUUACUAUUUUGAAAGAAUACAUUUUUUCAGAGGAUAAUGUGUGCAUAUUUAUGAGUGUUUUGAAUAAUUUUUGUGCAUUCACUACUGUACAUCCAAACCAUGCUGGAGUAGAACGAACCACAUUUUUAAAAAAUUACUCAGACCUGUCUGAUUGCUUCUUAGUUCCUGCCUCCUUCCCUCUCUUUUAAUUAUAGACAUGUGUUGAAGUGUAAGCAAUAAACAGCUGUGUCAGGGGAAAAAGCACUGUAACAAAAAGCACAAUUUACAAAAGAGAAAACCUUGAUAUUACUUGGUGGUAGCAAAAACUUGAAUGCUUGCCUUUUUUCUUUCUUUUGUGGGUUCCUAAAAAUAUCAUAAUCUGCCAUAUGCAAGUGAAUUAGAAAGCUGGAGAAGCAAAUGCCUCUUCUUCCCCUUUGCACCAAUCAGCGUCCAUUAUUUUAUUGGUGUAGUACAGAGUUCAGGGUUAAAAUUGGACCCUUACUUGAAAGCCUCUGCUUCAUGCAGCUAUUAGCAGAAUGAAGUAAAUUCAGGAGAUAAUUUCUAGUUACUAAAGCUGCAAAAUCAUGAGAAUUUCAUACCUCAUUUUCCAACUCAAUCCAGUUAGAGCUGACUUUUCAUCUGAUGUGCUUCAGCUGUUUUAACUACAACUCCUGUUAUCAUGAUCCAAGAUGUCAAGAGGAUAACUUGGUGUAUUUUAUUCCUUACUCUACAAAAUUGCUCUUUUCAAAAGACAAUGCAUUGAUUUUGUCAUAAUGCUAUAUGACUAUGUAACACACUUAUAACACAGCUUGUUUAUUUUUCACAACUUGAGCAUGCCCACCGUGUCUUAGCCUUACAAUAUGGGCUCUAUGAGCCAUUUGGUAAUAAACCAUGAUUUGAAAAGUUGCUGUGUGAAGAGAACCAUUUUCUUUCCUAUAUUUCCUUGUUCUAUCAGAGACAUCCACAACAUCCUUCUUCAGGCAUUAUUCUUCAUAUAUUACUAGAAAGCCUUAGCAAUUCUAGAAAUGGCAAUAUAAUCUACCUUUCUUUUUGUCUACCUUAGCCACCAGAUAACAGAUUGGUGGUGAUAGCUACAACUAGCUAUUCAAAAUACUGUAUUGCCAAAUUCCAACCUGCCUGAAUUAAGAAGGGGGACAGUGGGUGGAUUUCCUUGUCUUCAAGGCAUAGUUGAAGACUGGACUGCCUAUAUAGUGUUUACAGAUUCAUUCUAAGGUAUUUGUUCUGGAUAUCUGGUGACAGAAAGCCCAAUGUUUCACAAUGAGAUAAAACAUGAUUCAGAAGGCUUAAACUGCGGCAAAAUAAUUGCAUAUUAGUCACUAGGUCAUAUGUAAGACAUACCUUUUAGCUAGAAAUUGCUGUGUGUAAUAUCUGACAGCUGUGCUCUUAGCUCUUGAUUUUUGAUUGAACUGGCCAAUGAUGUCAAAGCAAGUAUUGUAACUGAUCAGACAAUUCCAUAGCAAAUUGUUACAUAAAGGACAGUUUUGGAAUUUCUAACUUUGUUCUGUGAAAAUGUAUUUUUCUCUGUACAUUGAAAUUUGAAUGUAUGUGUUUUUAGAUUUUUUUCAUUGGUGGGGGGACAGAAGAAAGACAGUCUGAAAAACAAUAAAUCUAUCAAAAAAGUGUUUUUCAAUUGAAUGACAAUCCUUACUGAAUGACAUGUGGACUGGUGUUCCUUAUGUUGAUUUUUUUUCAUUUCACAUUUCUGCCUACGGAAUUAUUUAUUUCUUAGCAAAUGGGACUAAA